AUUCAUUCACCCUAUCUAUAUAUCUCCUUAAUAUAACUACCAUUCGUUAAACAUAGCCAUUUUGGUUACUCAUUUCCGUUUUCUCCCUUCUUCCUCUCCUCCUUCCUUUUUUUUUUUUUAUGUUUCCUAUAUAUGGUUUAGGACGUUGAUCUUAUUCCACUUUCCAUUUGGUUCAAAUUUCGUUUUUUCUUUCCUUUGUUUUCGUUUUAGGUUUUUGUUAUUAUGUUUUGGGUUUUAACGUUAGUUUCUUGUAAUUAAUUAAGGUCUUGUCUUCUAUUUUUUCUCCAUAAAUCUUGUAAAUUCAGAUUUGUUUUUCUUCUUUUCAAUGGCACAACUCCCUCCUAAAAUCCCCAACAUGACACCACAUUGGCCUGACUUUUCCCAAAAACUCUCUCAUUUUUCCACCGCAGCCGCGUCAUCCGCCGUACAAAACCCAUCAUGGGUCGAUGAGUUCCUAGACUUCUCAGCGUGUCGCCGCGGCAAUCACCGUCGUUCUAUAAGCGAUUCCAUCGCUUUCCUCGAAGCUCCAAUCGUCACAAGCCAUAUGGAAGAACACAACUUCGAUAAGUUCGACGACGAGCAGUUCAUGUCCAUGUUCACGGAGGACGACGAUGACUUACGUAAUAAUCGUUCCCAUAACAACAAGAAUGUGGGACCCAGUGGCUGUUCCUUGAACACAUCCACGCAGGCCGAUCAUAAGAGCUUUAACGACGAUGAAGAACCGCCGUCCGAUCAUUAUAUGAAAGAUAAUAAUAACAACCGUAACGACGAGGUCCGGAGCAAAUGCAAGACGGAGCCUGAGGACGGUACGGCGUCGAGUAACAACUCCGGCGAUAGCUCCAGCAACAGAAUUAUUGAUCCCAAAAGGGUUAAGAGAAUAUUAGCAAAUCGGCAAUCAGCACAGAGAUCAAGGGUGAGGAAACUGCAAUAUAUAUCAGAGCUCGAACGUAGCGUCACUUCAUUGCAGUCGGAAGUAUCAGUGUUAUCGCCAAGAGUCGCGUUCUUGGAUCACCAGCGUCUGCUUCUCAACGUCGACAACAGCGCUCUCAAGCAACGAAUCGCUGCUUUAGCUCAAGACAAGAUUUUCAAAGACGCACAUCAAGAAUCAUUGAAGAGGGAAAUAGAGAGACUUCGACAAGUGUAUCAAAAAAAAAGUUUCAAGAAAAUGGAGAAUGCAAAUCAUUCACCAGAGACAGGAGUCGACAUAAAGCUGUCUAUUGAAAAAGAGCAGAUGCUCAACAUCUAAUAACUCGUUAUAAUCAACAAGAUAUAUACUCAUUUUUCUUUGCAAAGUUCUUGACUGUAAAAUUACUUUCGGUCAAAAAAUUUAGUAGAUGAUAUUAUGCUUAUCACAUAUUGUAAGGGGUUAAUGGAAGGGAAAUAAUCAGUUGUUGUUUGUAAAAAGAACUAGUUGAUUUAUUUUUAAUAGUGCAGGGAAUUAAUGAUUUGUGUACUAA